AUGGCUGCACUGAGUUGUCUUUUGGACAGUGUUAGGAGGGACAUAAAGAAGGUGGACAGAGAAUUAAGGCAAUUGAGAUGUAUCGACGAACUCAGCUCCCGCUGCCUGUGUGACUUAUACAUGCACCCGUACUGCUGCUGCGACCUGCACCCGUACCCCUACUGCCUCUGCUACUCCAAGCGCUCCCGCUCCUGUGGCCUGUGUGACCUCUACUACCCAUGCUGUCUGUGCGACUACAAGCUGUACUGCCUUCGCCCAUCACUCCGCAGCUUAGAGAGGAAAGCUAUCCGCGCCAUUGAGGAUGAGAAAAGAGCGGUGGCCAAACUCAGAAGGACGACCAACAGAAUCCUGGCCUCCUCCUGCUGCAGCAGCAACAUUCUAGGGUCCGUGAACGUGUGCGGCUUUGAGCCAGAUCAAGUCAAGGUACGGGUGAAAGACGGGAAAGUCUGCGUGUCGGCUGAGAGGGAGAACAGGUAUGACUGCCUCGGAUCCAAAAAGUACAGUUACAUGAACAUCUGCAAGGAGUUCAGCCUGCCGCCGUGCGUGGAUGAGAAAGACGUGACCUACUCCUACGGGCUCGGCAGCUGCGUCAAGAUCGAGUCUCCGUGCUACCCGUGCACAUCCCCCUGCAACCCCUGUAACCCCUGUAACCCCUGCAGCCCCUGCAGCCCCUGCGGGCCCUGCGGCCCCUGCGGCCCCUGCGGGCCCUGUGACCCCUGUAACCCCUGCUACCCGUGUGGAAGCCGAUUCUCCUGUAGGAAGAUGAUCUUGUAA